GCUCUCUCCGGCGUUUAAUCCGAGGGAACUCGUGGAGUGCUUUAACUUCGCCUUCGCUUUUGUUUUAUCUCCAUUACUCCCUUCGGUUGCCACUGGCGACAACACUACUCGCCCACGCUUCUUACUGGAGGAGGCCCGCCCCUCCGUAGAAUCCCCGCAGAGCCGGCCUGUAGCCCCGGCGUUGUCUGCCCCAGCUGGCCCCGUUACGCGCUACCUUGUGACGUCACCAGGGAAGAGGCGGAUUCUCUCCCACUACAGAAAGACGUCUGCUGUUUUGAUUGGCUAGGAAAGACGUCCGUUAGGACGUGUUGCCCUUUCUGUGUAAGCUGUGAGCGUAGGCGGCCCUGAGGGGGUGUGUGGCAGGGGUUUCCAAGCCCAGCACCAGCACCCUUGCCCUUUUCCAUCAGGGGUUCAGCCUAGGGUCCCCCCUGGUGGGCGGCUCCCGAGUCUUGGAGAAGAGCACGAGAACCUAGACCGCCCCCGAAGUGCGGAGACCCGCUGGGCAGGCUGAAAGAUGGCGGCGGCGUCUGUCUCUGCGGCUUCUGGUUCUCACUUGUCGAACAGCUUUGCUGAGCCAUCAAGGUCUAAUGGAAGCAUGGUUCGGCAUUCUUCAUCUCCAUAUGUAGUAUAUCCUUCGGAUAAGCCUUUCCUUAAUAGUGAUCUACGACGCUCCCCAAGUAAGCCUACACUUGCCUAUCCAGAAAGCAACAGCAGAGCCAUAUUUUCUGCUCUUAAGAAUCUUCAAGAUAAGAUUCGACGCUUGGAACUUGAGAGGAUUAAGGCAGAAGAAAGUGUGAAAACCUUGUCUAGAGAAACAAUUGAAUAUAAGAAAGUACUGGAUGAACAGAUACAAGAAAGGGAGAAUUCAAAGAAUGAGGAAUCAAAGCACAAUCAAGAACUGACAUCUCAGUUGUUAGCUGCAGAAAAUAAAUGCAAUCUAUUAGAAAAACAAUUGGAAUACAUGCGAAAUAUGAUAAAGCAUGCCGAAAUGGAGAGGACAUCUGUCUUAGAGAAACAAGUUUCCCUAGAAAGAGAACGACAACAUGAUCAAACACAUGUUCAGAGCCAACUUGAAAAAUUGGAUCUUCUUGAACAGGAGUAUAACAAACUUACCACAAUGCAGGCCCUUGCAGAAAAAAAAAUGCAAGAGUUAGAAGCAAAACUCCAUGAAGAAGAACAGGAAAGGAAACGCAUGCAAGCUAAGGCAGCUGAGUUGCAGACUGGUCUAGAAACAAAUAGACAUAUCUUUGAAGAUAAGGCAACUCCGUGUGUUCCCAAUGCAAGAAGAAUUAAAAAAAAGAAGUCAAAACCACCAGAAAAGUCCACAAGCCCUAGCCAUGCCGUGGUAGCCAAUGUUCAGCUUGUCUUGCAUCUAAUGAAGCAACACAGUAAAGCUUUGUGCAAUGAUCGAGUCAUCAACAGUAUUCCUUUGGCAAAGCAAGUAUCUUCACGAGGUGGUAAAAGUAAGAAGUUGUCAGUAACACCUCCCUCCUCCAACGGUAUUAAUGAGGAGUUGUCAGAAGUCUUACAGACUUUACAGGAUGAAUUUGGGCAAAUGAGCUUUGAUCACCAGCAGCUUGCAAAACUUAUCCAGGAGUCGCCAACCGUUGAACUGAAAGACAAGUUGGAGUGUGAAUUGGAGGCAUUAGUGGGAAGGAUGGAAGCAAAAGCCAACCAAAUAACUAAAGUUCGAAAAUACCAAGCCCAGCUGGAGAAACAGAAGUUAGAGAAGCAGAAGAAGGAAUUAAAAGCUACCAAAAAGACUCUUGAUGAAGAAGGAAACAGCAGCAGCCGUUCUGGAAUCACAGGGACCACAAAUAAGAAAGAUUUUAUGAAACUGAGACCUGGAGAAAAAAGGAGAAAAAAUCUUCAGUUAUUGAAGGACAUGCAAAGCAUACAGAAUUCAUUACAAAGCAGUAGUUUGUGUUGGGAUUACUGACUCAUAACCAGGUCAGAAAUUUUAUUCAGAUAAUCUGUACCUCAUCAAUCAGAUGAUGACAAUUUACUUCCCAGGUCUCAUACUCACUUAUGUUGGAAUUAAUUAAUAGCAGGUGUUAAAGGACCCAGGCUUCAUUACACAGGCUUUUCAUGUAGGCAGGAUGACUCAAUGUUAAAGCAUUUAAAUGGAAACCAGGGGAGUUUUAAAGCCCGAGAAACCACACAUAAUCUUGUUUUGUUGAGAUGAGUUUGCUGUACUGAUACACUGCACUUUGUAAACAGAUUACCAGUUUUUUACUUGUGGGUGUGAUUUUUUAAAGUAGUUCUUUAUAUAUAAUUAAAAUUAGGUUUAAAUUUUCAAAAUAUGAGACUAUGCUAUAGGCAGUGCUUGCUUGAAAAGUCUCAUUUUUAAAUCUCCCUGGCAUGAAGUGCCCACUUCCCCUUUCCAAAGCAACCAUUAAACAUACUUUGUUUCUACUAUUGGUGGAGUUUUUCUAUAUUUAAAAAAACAUAUAUAUUUCAGAGGAUUUUUAUUUUGCUUUUUGGCAUUUCAGACUUUGAUCAGUAUUAAGUGCACUUGUAUUGCUUUUUAAUCUGUUAAUUUUUUAAAGACCCAAGCAGUCAUUUUGAGUUAUAUCUAUAAAAAUUAUAAAAGGAUUUUUGAAAGUAUAAACAAAUUGUCAGUGAAAUAAAUGAGAUUUUGGAAUAAAGUGAGAAUGGGAGAAGGGAUAUGUUGUGAGCAUAUACCUUCACAGUUCUUAAUACCUGUUUUGUAAUCAUGAUAUUCAGUCAAGGCAUUAUGGUUUUUAAUCUUGAAACUUAGAGAACCCUUUGAAUAUUUGCUUUUACUGGUGUACAGUAUGAGUGGAAUAUGAACUGUACACAUAAUUAUCAUGUUGAUAUAAAUCAUAAUUUCAACUAGAUCAAGACAUGUUAACCUUUUAUAAAUUUAAAGUCAAUAAAGCACCUUUUUAAAGGAAACACUGCAACUUUCCUUAACAGCCUGUUAAUAAAGGCUUUGUGAUAAGCUCUCAAAAAAUGCAUUUCUAAAUAGGAGGACAUCAAUGUAUUGAUGAAGAGAAAAAACUAGUACUUAGUUGCCACACUCAUGCUUACAUAGAAAGAGAGCCCAAGAAUAUUAGAUUUCCUCAUGAUACAAGAUACUACAGUAACAGGCUUUAAUUUAGGAUCCUUAAAUAGAUUUUGGGGUAUUAUUUGUGACUCUCCUAAAAUUAUAAACUUGUGCUUCUGUGUCCAGUUUUCUAAUGAGUAGGUUCGUAGCUUGAUCGAAUUAAUAAUUGUGAGCCCAUAGACACAAGGGAAGUGAGAAACAGUGCUCUGGUGACAUGAUAAAUAUAUGUGUCAACCACCAUUUCAACUAUUAAAAACUCCUGUUAUCUCCUUGUUUGAAUUUCAGGUCAUUAAAUUGUAUAACCAUCAUUUGAA